UCAACCCUGUGUUUACCUAAAAUCCGCUUAGUUUACCUAAAUCUACUCAACCUACUCCACUUUUCAACAAUUUCAUAUAAAUGAUUUAUCUCGCAGUUAAAACAAAUUUUCCGGCAGGGCGUCAUAAUUCACAAUGGUGCACUUCACAUAACAUACACGCAAACAGUUGAGUUCACACAAUUACUAACAACAACAAUUGGUAGUUUUUAUGACGUUAACAUUGAACUGAAUGUACAAUAACAACAUCAAAGAAACCAAAACACAAAAAUAUAUUCAAAACAGGAUAAUUAAAAGGAGAAACAGUUGGGAAAAAACGCAAACAAGCGUGUAGUGCAAGCAGCACAAAUACACAGGCAUCCUAGAAAGAAAAAAACAAUAAAAUACGAUAACAUGUCGGACGACGACAGCAGUCAAUGCCCACUCUUGCAGUUGGAUUCUGAGCCGCUGCUAACACCUGCCCUACUAUUUGUUGUGCUGCUUAUAUUUGUGACUGCCGCUGCCGUUGCGGCUGCUUAAGCGCCACACCAAGCCAAGUCAACUCAAGUCAAGUCAAAUCAAGCCAACGUCGCGGCGUGCGUGUGUCGAGCCACAAAACGAUGCUGGCGCCGAGCGAAAACGCUGAAACGAAAUACUUCGGCGCUUGUGGUUUCCGUUUCGUAACACUCAGCGUCUAAAAGUCAGCAGCGACAGUGGUGACAACGGCGGUCGCACUGGCAGUGCCGCAUACAAUUCGAUUAAAUUCGAUUGCGCUUUACAUUUUACAUACACAUACACACACACACAAGCAUACACAUUGAAAAGCUAUAUUUAUUACGCCAAUGCGAGUCCGUUGUUUAUGUGCAGCCAUUUGUGCGCCGAGUGAAAAAGUGACAUUUGUAAACAGCUGAAUUAAAGAGGAAAAACAUAUAUGCAAAAGCAACAAAAAAAAAUAAGAAACGAGAAAAAUCGGUGGUAGUGACGGGGACGGUGCCAGGCGAACGGAGUGCGCCUGAAAAACGUCAGUGGUGUGCCAUAUUUGGCAAGCGGUGAGUCAGCGAGUCGUCAGUGUGCGAACGAACGUCAAUGGAGGACCAAGGAAUGAGUGGAUUACAUAAAAGGCGAAAAUGUUAGCGCACAAAUAAGACAUAAAUCGAGUUCAGUCGCAAAGUGAAGCGAAGUUCGCAAACAACAAAUAACGUUCAGGGUUUUUAAAACAUUACCAAACUAAAUUAUGUGUUGUUUAUAAAGCAUACACAAAACUUUGAGAAAAAACUAUGCCACCACAAAGAAGAAAAUAAAUAACAAAGCAAAGUUUGGCAAGAAAGUGUGUUAAUAGUGCAAAACUGAAGAAGGAAAUCCACAACAAACUUUUACAAACUCGUUAAGUGACAGCAAACAUUAAUAAUAAAAUUAAGCUGCGAAAAAAAAACACAGAGAAGCGCUAUCAUAUAUCAACGCCAGCUGUGAAGUCGGUCAUGAGUCGGCGACUGCCAGCUUAAACAGUAUUGUUGUGGCGAUAGUUAAGACUUCACAUUUCUGAAAUAAAAAUUAUAGAAUAGCAGCAGCCAUAAUAGGGCGCUAUGCAAACACAAUAACAACAAAUUAUUGAGCUGCAAUAAAUAAAAGCGUAAUAUUUAUUGCAACAAUCAAUAAAAACAACCAAGUACACUUCCACGUACAGCACUUUUACGAACAGCCAGCCAGCCAGCCAGCAAGCCAGCAGAGAGCAGUUAGCGCACCGCCUCCCCUCAACAACAACUCCAGCAAAGCGAAACUUUUGGUAAAACACACAAAUAUCGAGCCACGCCGAGCGCCAGCGCGCGGCUAGCAGCGAGCUGAGAGUCAGUCAGAUCAGAUCAGUUCGAAUUGUUGUGAAACAAAUUGCUUGUUACAAAACUACAACAAUAAUAAAUAUCGCCUAUAUACAAAGAAAUAGCAUUAUAUAUCACAAAAACAAAAUCAACGCUUUCUCUACAACAACGCCACAAUUAAGUCCGUCCAGUGAUAUAGAAUUUUUUUCGCUUUUUUUCAAUUAUUUUUAUUUUUGUUGUUGCCACAUUCAAAGGCAACAGAAAUUGAUUAAAUAAAAUCCAAAAUCGUUGUGAAAAAGUGAAAAAGAAAAACCCAAAACUAAAGAAUGAAAAAUAUUUCAAUAUAAAUUAUAAGCAAUGCUCCUACGCCUUCAAUUCUAAAAUUAGUCACGGCAAUAAAGCGCAAGUACAUACAAACAUUUGUCUUGUUUUUACAACUAAAUAUAGCAAUACAAUUUACUUAAGUUACUAAACUAUAAGUUUUUAUGACGUACAUACAAGUAAAGCGCAUAAAUUUAUAAUAAACUGCUCGCCAAAAGGUUAAAUAACUGUGUGUGAAGAGAAUACAUGCAUUUCUAACAAGCCACACACAUAUAUAUUAAUAUACAUAUAAACAUUUCGGUGUGUUGGUCAGUGGUCGUAUUAACACGGAUAUAGAUUGCUUCAUUAUUGAAUAACCCAACAACAACUGUAAUCAACAACAACAACACCAAGAUAAAUAUGCUAACUCAGUCCAUACACAGGCGACCACUUUGAGGCACACGCAUUCUGGGUUUUUGGAUAAUAACUGACAUUGUAUACUACUACACAAAGAACUAGUAGUUGUUGUUACUUUUGUUAUUUCCAUACGCCUCGAAUGUCAACUUUGUUAUCAACAUAUGAAUUUUUGAUGCAGACCCACAACAGCGAGACACAGAGGACAUAGUCAAACAGCGCCUCAAGGCAGGACGAUCGAGUAAGGUAGACGGUGAAGGCCUCCGAACACAGUAGCAGUGCGUGUUUGCCCGGCAAAUAUAGAUACAAAUGUGUGUGUACAUAAAAUACUUAAAGUAUAAAAUUUUUAAAUACCCAAAGCUAUAAAAUAAUUACGCAUUUACACAUGCGACACUGCGCCAGACACUAAUUGCCGCCCACAAGCACACAAGCUGCUGCCAGCGUGUGUAUAUGCAGCGUGGGAUGCUAAUUGAAUGUUCGGUUAUAAAUCAAACAUACACACUCGCAUAAAGUGUGUAAGGACAGAGCAGUGAGAGAGCGCAGCAGCCCACAUUGCGUUGGCCACCACUGCGUAUGAGUAACGCCGCAGAAAGGUAAUUAAUUGUUGGUUGUCAGCGAGUACCCAGCAUAAACAGCAGCAGCGAGUAACAGUAAAACAUUAAAAAGGUGUAAAGCAGCAAGAUUUAAAAUCACACUCACACGCGUGCUUGCGUGCGCCCAGCAAAAACUGCCAAAGGUGGUUGUGAGUUGGUUUCUUUUACCUUUCGUUGAGUCGUCAGCGUUAGAGUAGGCAAUUGCCUUAGAGUUUCCCAGCUGAAGCGCCUAACGAGCAAACAGCUUAAAGCUUAAUUAAGCGAAUAUGAAUGAUAGCUGGAAGACAGCGAGUAAUAUUAUAUGCACAAACUAAUUUAAUAGAAGACAAAAAGACGCACCAGUGAGACUUGCUAAGCACCAAGUGAGUGGCGUGGUGUUGAGCAAACGAAGUUAUAUAAGUGCAAACAAUUUUUGGAAAGCCGAAAAUUUCACUUGAACAGAAACAUUGAACGCCGCAAAGCACAAAUAAGUCAAGCGAAUUGCAAAUUCACGAAAACGCUCAAUAUUUUAGGUGAAACUUUGUAGCGGAACUGCGUUGCGGAAGACAGUAAAGACAGACAAUUCCAAAAUUGAAGAAUUGAAGCAAAGAGAAAGCCCAAAUCUGCAUUUUAAAUCAAGUGAAGUUGCUAGGCACAAGCGCGAAAACAGAGCAACAAAUUACACAUCAAAACAACAACAACAACACAAAAUGCUGUAAGAAGCACGAAAAAAUGUGAAAAGUGAAAAAAGUUAAUUUUCUAUAUCUUCAAUGCAAAAAUAUUUCAUUUCACUUCAUUACAUCUCCUGCCACUUGCGCGCCAAACGAGCAGCCACAACGAAUACUGCUGCACAUGAAAGCCAAAAGAACCAAAAACACUAACAAGCGAAUGAAAUGAAAUAAAAGCGGAAUCCAUAACGAAGAAACUUUUAGCGUUAAACAGCGUUUUGUCACGAGAAUAAGAUAUAGCGCAGACAGACAGGCGCAUUGUAGCAACAACAACAACAACAAAACAGUCGUAGCAGUUGUGGCAAUCAUAAUAAUACGCUAGGCGACACAGUGCCAGUUGAUUUCCAACAACAACAAAAGCCAUAAGAAACAGCUUUAAAUACUACAACAACAGCAAAAAAAAUAACAGCUGCAAUAACAAACAAACUAGAGCACACAAAUAAAUGCGCCGCAUAAAUCGUUGUAGUUCAACUGACAGUUUGUCUACUAAAGCGUUCAUUCCAUCGCAUGUGCAAGCCACAACGAAAAAGAACAAGAAUUAAUAAAAUAAAAUAAAAGCUUAUACAAAAAGUAGUGGCACAAAUACAAAUAUUGUGGCUUGUCAUUUGGCAGAUAUACAUGUGUAUAUGACACUAAUACCAAUAACAACUUGAAAUCGCUGAAGCAAAAGCAAGCUUACACACCAAGCAAACACAUAUAGUAGCAAAUAAGUGUAAGCAUAUAGAGGACACAAGCGGCAGAUAAAUAUCUAUAGAAAUAUAUCGAGUCGCGUCAUACAAGAAGAGAGCCAAGCGUGUGGUGAACAGAAGUGAGGAGGAGCGAAUGCAACUACCCUGUGAUAUAUAUAAAAAUUGCACUGUAACUUUAUUUAAAAAAUUAAUUUAGUAAAAAAAAAAUGUUUAAAAAAAAUUAAAAAUCAAUAAAAAUUAAAACCUAAAUUAAUAUAAAAAUUAUAUAAAAAAAUUAAAUAAAUAAAAUUAACGUUAAUAAAGUUAAAAAUAAUAAGUAUAAAAAAAUGUAUUAAUCAAAAAAUAAUAAUUAAUUAAUAGGAAUUAAUUUAAAAAGAAAAUAAAGUUGAAAUUAAAAAUUUAAUAUUAAAAUAAUUAAAUUUUAUCAAAAAGCGAAACGAAAACUAAAUCGCAGUUAAAAAAGCAGCUUGAAGUACGAACAAGCAAAAACACUCGAAUGUCUGAGGCUAGCAAAGCGAAUGAACUACAGCAAAUAUUAAAAUAAAUUAUAAUAAAAUAAAUUAUAAUAAAAUUUAAAAUUAAAUUAAAUAAUUAGUGACAAAAAUAUUACAAAUAAAAUAUAAAAAAAUUAAAAAAACAAUAAAUCAUUAAAUCAAAUAUUAGUUAUUUUGAAUAAAAAAUAAAAAUUAAACUAGAAAAUAUUUAAAUUAGAAAAAAAUUAAAAAAUCUUAGAGAAAAAAAAUAUUUUUAACGGUAUUUGGCGAAACUUAAAGUAAAAUUUCGAAAUUGUGGCGCUAACCAGUAAAAAAUUAAAGGAAGCUAAAAAAAAUACCAUUAUUUUCAAAAAAUUUUUGAAAACAUACAUGCAAAUACUUCGUAAUACUUCGGCGCGGUGCUAGCAACGAUUAUCGAUUCGACGUUUACAACAACAACAGCUACGUGUGGUGCGGAGUUUUCAUAUAUUUGCUCAAUAAACAUAUGUAAAUGCAAAAUACAACAAAAGCACUCGAAUAGCAGCAACAACAAAAAGAAUAAUUAAUAUCAACACAACAACGGCAGCAAACAGAAUACGCGAAAAAUGGGUGACGAACAAGAAGAACGCACCUUCAAGGAGAAGAUGCUCUUCUACACCACUGCCUUCUUCAUACUACUCGGCACAUUUAGCAUGUUUGCAUUCCUCUUUCUCGUGCCGUUUGUCAUAGAGCCCGCCUUCACGACGAUCUUUAUGCAAUUCGAAGAGGUGCCCGCAUUGUGCGAAACCUACGAUGUGGAGACAUAUUUCGGCGCCAAGAAUUGCUCGUGGGCGUCAUGUCGCGAGGGCUGCACAAAGGAUAUUUACACUUGUACGCAGAUACGCGUCAAUUAUCGACUGAAUUUGUACAAUUACACAGAUGAAUUCAAUUUCACUGAAUAUCACAUUAAUUUGGCCGAGGCGGAACGUGAAUUGCCGCCGGUCAAGCGUACCGAUCGUUAUGAGCGCGCCAUACGCGAUUAUGAUUAUGAUGCGGCCACGAAUGAUGCCGCCAAGGCGAAUCAAGUGAAUGUGCCGGCGGCGGCGGCAUUAAUGUCCAGUCCCUCCGUGGCGCUGGCAGCUGCAGCGGCAGCGUCGGCGACAAACGAGCAAGUACGACUGAAUACGAUCAGUUUCGGUGGUGAGAGUGCCGGCAUUGGUGACGGCACGAGUGGCUAUCUUGUCGAUGAGGAGCCGCUCGACGAUGAUAUAAGCGGUGCACCCGGUAGUAUUCUCUUUAAUGAGGAACGGCAUCCCUUCGAUGAAAUCUCCGAAUUGAAUGAGGGUCUCAUGGGUAAUAACUCGAUGUAUUUCUAUGUGGGCGCGCGUCUCUUUCCCAACGUUAAGGGUUGCGGUUAUCCGCCUAUGCUUAAUUGUACAAUUUGGCUCAAACGCUAUACGAAGAUCGGGAUUAAGUUCCCAUGCUAUUAUUCGAAAGUUGAUCCAAGUUUGGUGAUAAGCGAUUUGGAUUAUUGGCAGAACACAUUGAAUCUGAUCUAUUCGAUGGCCAUACCAAUACCAUCGUUUAUUAUAUCGGUGAUAUACCUGACAUAUGCAUACUUCAAAAUCUAUAAUGAAGAUGAAGAAACGGCGCCGCUCGAUAAGAAUGCCGAAGAUAUGGAUAUUGAUGAGGGUGAGGUGGACGAGAGUGAUGGCGCUGCGUUGGCUAACAAUGCUGCCGGCAGUCAGAUCAUCAAUAUGGACUCGACGACGGGUGAGAGUUGCGUGGAUGUGGUACUGCCGAAUGGUGGUCCCGGCAUGACGACUUCCAUAUCGCAGGGCGGUUCGGUCACAACGCCCGGUCAAUAUUUGGCACAAUCACCGGGCGGUUCACAAAUGACACCCAAUUCCGAUAUGAAUUCGUUCGGUCAUCAGCUUAAAGUGCAAAUGGCGGACGAAAUGUCGCGCGACUCAUUGGAAAAUGGUGUGCUGUCGACAUCGAACUCGGUGCAGGGAAACUUGAGCAAGACGAUGACGACGAGUAUCUCAACUCCUCCUGGGCCGACGGCAGCAGUUUAAAACGCAAAGUCCACGGCAUGGAUAAUGUACGUUUUCGCAUUGGACAAUGAAAUGUGUGCGCACCAACUAUUUAGCUUUUAAAAGUCUCAGCUCUCGUACGAAAUUACCAUAAAUGAUACUAAAUAUAACAAAAACAAUUAGCUAAUAUCACAUAUGUACGUAUGUAUAAAAAUUAGACAUUCUAGUAUGCAGCACAAGCAAACUCACACAAAAGACAAUGCAAUAAAUUUAAUAAUUAUUAAGUGAACACACACUAAAAGAAAGGGAACUAGCAAAAUACAAACAUACAUGCACAGGCAUGUAUGUAAAUACAUAUAUAUAUAUAUAUAUAUACUUGUAGUUAUGCGCUGCUUACUAUUUAAUAAUUAAAUUUAGUAUAUACUUAUGUAAUUGUAUUGUAAAACAAACAAGCGACUUAACACACACUAGAGCGUUUAUAAUCUAGAUAUGCGAAUGGCAGAUAAAAAUUUAGAUAUUAAACUGAAUUAUUAAAAAUAAAUUAAUUUUGUUAAUGAAUUGAAAACAGUUA